GCCAGCAGGCAGUGUACAGAGAAACAGCCAGAGAGGGAGGGAGGGAGAGAAGGGGAAAGUUUUCUCUAGGCAGCAGCUGACUACAAACGCGAUCCAAGAGGCCAACCGUGCAGCCUGGUUUGAGGAUCCAUCAGCCCACACCAUCAGGAUGGGCUGUACAACGGGCCACCUGGCAUGCCAGCCUCAGCCCCAGACCAGCUCAGGGCAGGAGGGUCAGGCCCUGGAGGCUGGUGGUGCCAAAGUCCCCGAGGUGCUCUCCUCUCUGGAGCGUCUGUCCCAGGCCACUGGAGGCAUGGAGAAGUCCUGGUACCGCUGCAUCUUUCCCUUUGGAAUCAUCUCUUUGGUGAUCGGUGUAGCAGGAACGGGCGUGACCUACACCUAUAAUGACCUGCCUCAGACUAAAGUUGUGUCAGUGGUGCUACUUGUCAUGGGUCUUUUGCUGUUGCUUAUGGCCACUGCCUGUUGGACUGUCCAUAAGAAGAAGAGAAGGAAAAAGAAAGAGGGAGGCUCAUUCACCUCUGAGCAGUGUCCCCUGUGAAGCACAUGGGGAAAACAGUUAUAGGAACUGAGAAAUCAUAGAGAGUGGAAGGACAGAUAGACAGGACACUGAGGAUCUGUUUAGUCUGUAAGGUUUGGACCAUUUUGGAUUGGCAAGGAGGGAUCACCAAUGCCUCACACUCUUUUAUCAUCAGACAGCAGGUGUCCAGUGUCAAAACAACCUCAGAGGAGACACACACAAAUAUGCAUUGCACACUGCAUGCAUACUUACACGCAAGGAUACAUAGCCCUUGCAGUCCGCACUCACAUAUGCACUAGUAGUCACAGGGGAAGCUCGCGCAGACACCUAACACGCCAUGCAGAGCUGCUGCUGGAGUCAAUGCUGUCGUCACUAGGAACGUCAGUCACAGCAUUCCUCCUGCCAGGACAGGUGACUCUCCAAGAGGCCAGAAGUGGGCCAAAGAUGGCAACCUGAUACCCAUCCGAAAGAGCAGUGAACCAGCGUCAGCGGCCAGCGUCAUUCACUCGUCCUGUGACACCGCAGCAAUGUGUUGGGAGCUUUUUUUACGCAAUAGGAGAGUGGAACUUGAAUCCAGCAGGAUCUUAAUGGCAUCUGUGUGGACGAUGAGCUGGAGAGGGCAGAGGACCUGCUGGGGAAGUGGCCGGUUUUUGUCUGCACUCAAAUAAAGAUUGUGGUGGACUGAAAAACUGUUGGACCUUGCUCAUGUGGCCAUGUCCGUGCCAAGCAAGAGAAACUUUUAUGAAAGUAACAUACUCUUCAAUGCCUUUUGUAGCUUCAGCUCCACUUUACUAAGGAGUGUGGCUCUGACUCUCUGACUGACUGAUUUCCCUCCUGUCAAUGUGUGAGUAUUUACGCCCAGCCUUGUGUCUACGUGGGGCGCCCCAACUCCAUACAGGGCAGGGCAGGAUUAUUGAAGGACACAGCCCGAGGGGACAUGCCACUGCAGGGACACUUUGACUGAUCCUGCUCCCCUACAGCCCCUCCCGCUUGGUGCCUUGAGCAAGCACUCAUGGAAAAAGGCUCUGUCCCCAUUCCCCUGUUUCCAUCUGAACUCCUGAGAAUUUCUAUCCUUGCACUCUCUCUCUCAACCCCAACAGCACUCUCCUCAUCUAUCCCGUAUGCCUUCCUCCAUCCUACAUCCCCAGUUUCUGAUUUAAUCUACCUUCUUUCGCUACAGCCCAGGAGGAAGUGUCUUCAGCCUUUUGGCACACAAAUGAAGAUACACACAUUCACUUAAAUGUACGCCCCACAGUCCACAUACAUUUCUUUUUUUUUUCUCUGUGCCAAAGAAAGUAGAUAUUUCUCUCUCUCAUAGUGUAAAGAGCACUGACUAAGAGCGAGUGGCUGAUCCCUUCUCAGUUUGAAAAUAUGGUACAAGGCUGUUCUCUUUUGAAUACUGAUUGCUGUUCGUGCCCUGAGUGACUCUGGGGUUUCCCUUUCCUACGCCUUUUCUUUCAGAGAGAGCUGGUGAAUGUAGCUGCGCUCAGCUCCACAUCUGUGAAUAGGUGCUUUCUGUUGGUGUGUGGUCUCACAGGAUGAGACACACAAUGGCAUUUUAUUCUUGUCUUAAACAUUCUCUUUUCUGUCACCCAGUGAAACAUGGGAUGGAAAACACAAAUCAUGGAAGAAGAAAGUGCAAUGUACAGAAUGUAUAGAAGCUGAAAGGAGUCAGUCUUCAUGUGAAGGACUGUGUACUCGCACUCCUUUACCCUUGAGAACUAUCAUUGAUCACUGUUGUAUUGAUUCUGGCCACCAGACUAGUGACGCUUGUUGCCGAGUAAAAUGUGUCUAUGCAUUCAGAGGUAGCAGUUAACACACAAUGCCAAAGACUGCCCUGAAGGCCAGCUUGCCAAUUACAAGGCUGCAAUUGCCUGCCUGCUUCAAUAGACAUGCAAUGGAUCAGUCCAUUCUCACAGCUUUUUAGCUGCUCAGUGUGCAUUUAGAUGUUCUGUUGCAUCAUGACUGUCAGCUAAUCUCUGUUAGUUUACACAAAGGGAAAGAAAGGAAGAAAUAAGAAGGCAAUGGUGGAAGACAAAAGCAAAGGCUGAGAAGUCAUUCCUUUCACUUUUAUGUGGAAGUAGGGAGGCAUCCCUCUGGAUAGAUUGGGGUUUAAUUUGAACAGAACAGUAUUAUUCUUAGGAGAUAUGAUGCAUGACUGUACGCAGCAGUGAGAAUGCCGAGUUAACUGAAUGUGGAUUGAAGCUUUUGUGAUCCUUUUUCUACUGUCAAAAAAACAAACAAAAAAAAAAACACAACAUAACAGAUCUGUCUGUAUUUGCAAAAA